AUGCUGACACUUUCUCGGUCUGUUGUACCUUCAGAGGUGGGCAAAGGCAUCUACUAUGGCUACCCAAGUCGUCGCCACAGCUGUUCUCAAGUGAACAUACCAGCACCAUGUGUCACCAAAACAAUUUCACACAUUGAAGAUAUAGAGUCGAAAAUACAGGAUCAUCUGAAACAAUUUGAAACUUCUCUCGAAGAAUGGACCAGAAUUUCUUCCAUAAAAGACAUGGAGGAAGAUAUGACUAUUGCCAUACCAGUGAAAAAGGCCAAAUCAGAAGACAGAGAUGUAACAUGUCCAGAAUUAAAGGAAAAAAUGAAAACAUUGCUGUCAGAGUUAAUCAAUCUCAUUCAAAGCCUUGAAACUGACCGAGCCAUAGCAGAACUAGCUUUAAAGCAACAAAAGUCAAGAAGGAAAAAGAUUAGCAUGAGAAUUGACUCUUGGUCUAUCUGGAAAAUUCAGGAGCUUCCAUUAGCUGUGCAAAGAGAGCAUGAGGCCUAUGUCAAAGAUAUUAUAGAAUUACGAUGGCACCUUGAAGAUAAAGGUUACCAAGUAGAAAGUCUUGAAAAACAAAAGAAUAAAUUUGAAGAAGCUAAUAGAAAACUUGAAGAAGAUAUUAAACACAUGAUUGAAAGUGCUGUUCUUCUGGAUUCAAAGCAGAAGCAGGAAGAUGAAGCUCUCAAGCAGCAAUAUCUCAAAAAAGCUGAGGUAUUGGAACUACUCAGAAAAGUUAAUGAAGAACUCAAAAAAUCUAAGAAGGAGUUUGAAACUGCCAAAUCAGAUCUUCAACUAAUGAGAGAAAAUAUGGAAAAAAGUAUUGCUGAUGAAGAAGUAAACAUAGAGGCCUACACGAAAGAGAUGAGUAAACUGAAGAAUAUAUUCACCCACUAUUCUACAUCAAUACAUGAUGUUCAUGUAGAAAUAAAGAAAAGUGAAGAAAAAGUGGAUGAGAUAAUGAAGGAAUCAAAGUCAACCACUGUUAUUUCAUCUGACUUAAAGAAAAUGCUAGAUGAUUUGAAGAGAGUAUUUGAACAAAUUUCCCGGAAGCACAAAAAAAUUGAAAAGAACUAUUUAGAAGCACUCAACAAUUAUUAUGCCACAAAAAGAACAUGGGAUAUUGAGCUUUCUAAUAUCAUGAGAGACUAUACAGAAAUGUCAAAAGCAUAUGAUAGAAUAGUGGAAGAAAAUAAAAAAUUUGUGACUGACAUGGACAGCAUGGCUGAGAAAAUCACGGAAAGCAUGCACAAAAAAAUAGAGUAUGAGAGUGAUAUCCAAAGUUUUCACAGAAUGAAGAAAAAGAAUAGUGUGUAUCUCAAAGAUCUCUAUGAAGAGUCUUAUCGCAUUGGUACUAUUUUUGCCAUAACCAAGCAUAAAACUGAAGAAAUGGAAGAUAAAGUGGCAGAAGUGAGAAGAAAGUUCAAGGGUAGAGAAGAAUUCUUGAAAAAACUCACAAGAGGUGAAGUCGCUGCCGGAAUAGUGAUUCAGAAAAGGCUAUUUGCCAUUGAAGAAAACCAUUUAAUUGAGAGGCAGAAUUUGGUACGUAAGAAAGUAUUAUUCACCAUAGCACUAGACGAAGUUGAGGAGCCUUUGACGGAACUGGAGGGAGAGGCUAUAAAGAUCAGAGUCAUCCACAGAGAACAAUAUGAUACACUUACUGAUAUACUUCAGAGAAAAAAUAAGGUCCGACACAAAGUAGAAAAAACCAAGAAAAAAUUGCAUAAAAAGGAGAAGAAAUCCCGUUCUGCACUAACAGAAACAGCGGGAAAACGUUCAACAAUUUUUAAAGAAUUAGAAGAAGCGAGGAGCAAAACGGUGCUUUAUAAUGAAAGGGCAAUUGACAUAACUAAAGAAUUAAAUGAAAUAGAAGAAGAAAAGAUAAAAAUGGAGAAGGAACUUGAAGUUUUAAAUAAACAGUUUUAUGACCUGAGAUUAGAAAAAGAACUUAUCCAAACUGCCUAUGAUCAUGUUGUGGAGGAGAAAUCAAAAUGCGAUGACAGACUCUAUAAAGAAGGCCAGAAGUUUAGAAAGCUCGUUCAUAUGAGACAAAAAUCUCUGGCAAAUAUUUGUAAAACACAAGAAGAUUUGCUGAAAGAAAACCAUCGUUUAGCUCAAGAGUAUCAAAGGAUUCAGAGUAUUUACUCAAAGGAAAAGGAUGCUUUCUUAAAUAUAUAUGACAGGCAGCGAUCACUGCAUGCUUCAGUUAGUGACAAGAAAGAGUUCUGUCAGCUGCAGAGAAAUCUACACAAGGAGUGGCAGAAGUAUUUCAGACUGAUGGUCGUCUACAGCCAGAUGAGGCUGGCCAACCUCCAGAAAGAAUCUCUGGAGAGUAUUCAGAAAAUAUUAGCUGUGCAGGAAACUUGUCAUUCCUCCAGUAGCAAUUCUCACACCGGCCUGCUCUUGGAUUUGCUGUGGCAUCAGGACAGAAAAAUUGCCACACCUUGUCCAUCUCCUGAGCUACCUUACCUCCAGCAUCACUUCCUAAAUGGGGAAAUUCAGGUCAUGCUAUUGUUGGAUUAUGAAAUGCGCCCUCAAAGGCCCAUGUGUUAA